CCUGAGUCGCUGCUGAGAUCUGACACCGCUCAUGGCGCACCCCAUCUGUGGCUGAGCCCUGACUUUAUACCUGAAACUUCAUCCACAGCCCGUCUCGCACCCUGCCCAUUCCAGCGGGAGGGCCUCUCUCGAAGCCCGUGCAUCUCCCAUGCUUGACUUGGUUACAGCAGUGUCAGGACAUCGGUAAAGAUCGAGAUGUCACCAUGUGCCAGGGCAAGCAGCUCUGUGACAUGUGUUGGGCACAGACACAUUUCAUUGUACGCAUCAAUGUGGGUGCGAGGAGCGUAAACCCUUGGCAGAUGUGUGUGGGGACCGUGGAUAAGCACGGAUGUGGCAGGAACAUGAAGGGACCUGGUGGAGGGCAGCAGGAGUUUUGCUGGUGUUUUGAUUAGCAAAAGAUGCAGAGGGGGCUGCAGCUGUUUCAGGUUGUUUCUUUCCUCUGGCAUCCAUUGAUUUUAUCUUACAGAUGUGUUUGUUAAACAGCUCCAUGGCUGUCUGUUCCCCAUUGCACAGCAGUGGGUUUUUAAUCCCAGGAGCUGCACGGAGCUGAGUGGCUGCUGGUGCAGGAGAGCAGUGCUGAGGAACAUCUCCAGACCUCAUGUUUGGCUUGAUGUCCUAAAGAGGGGCAGCCUUUGGUAACAACAAACCCCACACUCUUUAUGACUGUAGGUCUUCUGCAGUGGUAUCAUGGCUUAAUGUCAUGGUUCACAGAACCAGUACUUGAAAAAAUAUUGCUCCUGGAAUUUGCUCCUUCUUUCUGGAAUAAGCUUGAACUUCUUGUAGCUCCUGGUUCUGUGAGAUGCUGCUUGCUGUGGCACACAGUUGAGAGUUUCUGGAAAUGUCCUUCGUGGAGCACAAAUACUGCAUUGGCUGAAUACAGAUUGUGGGUUUGUGGUGUGUUUUCUUGUCUGUGAGUCCCACAGAAAAGAGCUGGAUGUGUGGAUUGCUUUAAAUAAGGGUGAGGUGCUGCUUCAGGCCUCUGCAUAGCAACAGAUAAGCUCUGGGCUGGCUUAUCUUCUCACAGAGAAUUUACAUUUGCUUUUCUUUGUCUCCUUUCUGACUUCUUUCAGCCUCAGCUUGUUUAUUGCCACAAGUCAUGUUCCCAUCCUUGACUCUGCCCUUCUCUCUUGCAUUACUCACUUGGCUUCCUCUCUGCUCUCCCUCUUUGCCAGCUCCUCCUUCACCCUGCCAUCACCAAGCUGCUGCCACCAUGUCUGAGUCCUCCCCCAGCCCCUCUCCCCAGGCUUCUCCUCUGCUCCCCUCUGACAGGCACCUCCUUAAUGUCAGCAGCCGACUCUCAGCUAAUUAUCUGCCUUGCUGAUUAGCAGUUUGUGCGGGCAGAGCUGGCUGGGGCUUUUUGUUAAGGCUCUGAGCAAAUGCCAUUUCACACUCCUGGUGCUGGGAGCUGGCUUGCUGCUCUCCUGCUUGUAGCCCCGUGGACUCUCCAUAGCCAGGUGGCUGAGGUGGAUGAGUGGGAGUUGUGGCUCCAGAGGGGCUGACACCAGAGCUCGUAAGUCCUUUGGGAUCCAUGCUGCUUGUUGCCUUUUUAUCCCUUUGCUUCCUCAUGGAAGAGCAGAAGGGAUCCACGUCCUGUCUCUGCUGCAUUGCUCAGUUCAUCCUCUGGUUCUGUUUGUGACCCUUGACAGAAGGAAAAGCAAAACUGGAGGAUGAUUUUUCAUUGUAGGACUUUUUUGCAUCUGCAGUGUCAGAAUGGAAGGGUUGGUGGUGGCAGCCCUGAGCUGUGAAACCUGGAGGAGCUCCCUCCUGGACUUAAAGAAAACCAUUAGUUUUCUCAUCUGGAGCUGACAAAAAAAAAUUAAAUUGGAAACUGCAUUCAUAAGACCUGAAUAGUGCAUUCCUUUUCACCUGGAAAACAUCCAGCACAUUUGGGGAUAUAAAUGGAAAGUCACAGUCAAAAGAGCAGCGGAGAACUUGUUGGUUUGUGUGAGCUUAAUAUGUGAAUGGUGCAAGAAGGUUGAAUAGGUGAAUGGUUCAAUGUUGUUUGAAUUUCAGGGGAUCUGAAUGGUUUGCUGAUGCUGGUGCACGGCAGACUGUUUGUAUAUUGUGCUGUCAAAUGGUUUUGAGUUUUUCUCACUGGUGGUGUGGUGGAAUGUACAUCUGUGGUGCAGAUAGAGGAAGUUGGAGGGUGCUGUGCAGGAAAUGGCUGAUAUAUCAAGUACCUGCCUGUAUCUAAGGUGUAAAGACUUAAUGAGCCUGAAAUUGCUGGAGACUCUGGUAGAAAUUCUCUCUGUUGCAGCACUGAGUGAGUUCUUCAGUCUGUGCUGCUUCUUGCUCAUCUCCUGUCUUGCCCUGCCUCUGUGCUGUCGUGUGCAGGCUCUGUGGAGCACAGGGAUGAGGAAGCCUCGGCGGAGGUGCCGGCAGCACGCGGAGGGGCGGCGUUCUCCCUCGCCCUACAGCCUCAAGUGCUCGCCCACGCGCGAGACGCUGACGUACGCGCAGGCGCAGCGCAUCGUGGAGGUGGACAUCGACGGGCGCCUGCACCGCAUCAGCAUCUACGACCCCCUGAAGCUCAUCACCGAGGACGAGCUGACGGCCCAGGACAUCACCGAGUGCAACAGCAACAAGGAGAACAGUGAGCAGCCCCUCCUCACUUCCAAAUCCAAGAAAACACCUUCCAAAGGCAAGAAGAAGGAGUCCUGCUCCAAGCAUGCGCCGGGGAUAUCUUUGCACUUGCCCCAGCCCAAGUUCCGUGUGGUGGACUCCUUCAGCCAGCCAGAUGCUCCUCCCCUCCCUGCUGCCUACUACCGGUACAUUGAAAAGCCUCCCGAGGACCUCGAUGUAGAAGUGGAGUAUGACAUGGACGAGGAGGAUCUGGCUUGGCUGGAGAUGGUCAACGAGAAGAGAAGGGCUGAUGGUUAUGGGACAGUUUCUGCUGACACUUUUGAGCUGCUGGUGGAUCGGUUGGAAAAGGAGUCGUAUCUCGAGAGCAGGAACAACGGGGCUCAGCAGUCCCUCAUCGAUGAGGAUGCCUUCUGCUGUGUCUGCAUGGACGAUGAGUGUCACAACAGCAAUGUCAUCCUGUUCUGUGACAUUUGCAACCUGGCCGUGCACCAGGAGUGUUACGGCGUGCCCUACAUCCCCGAGGGGCAGUGGCUUUGCCGCUGCUGCUUGCAGUCCCCUUCUCGCCCCGUGGACUGUGUUCUUUGCCCAAACAAAGGGGGAGCCUUCAAGCAGACCAGUGAUGGCCGCUGGGCUCACGUGGUCUGUGCCAUCUGGAUCCCAGAGGUCUGCUUUGCAAACACUGUGUUCCUGGAGCCCAUCGAGGGGAUCAAUAACAUCCCUCCAGCUCGGUGGAAGCUCACGUGCUGCAUCUGCAAGCAGAAGGGCAUGGGAGCUGCUAUCCAGUGCCACAAGGUGAACUGUUACACUGCCUUCCACGUCACCUGUGCACAGAGAGCCGGUCUCUUCAUGAAGAUUGAGCCCAUGAGGGAGACCAGCAUCAACGGCACCACGUUCACCGUGCGCAAGACUGCCUACUGUGAGAGCCACUCCCCGCCUGGCACGGUGAGAAGAGGGUGCCCAGCUGCUGGUGGUGAUUGGCAGGAGGUCACUGUGAAGGAGGAGGAAGAGGAGGAGGUCAGUUCUGGCCCUCCCAAAGGGUCUGUGAAGAAAAACCAAGUGAAAUUGAAGCAAAAGAUCAAAAAGGAGCCUGGUGAUGUGACCAAAGGGCGUUCAUCCAUGCCCGUGGUGACCGUUGCACAAAUUCCCUCUUACAGGCUGAACAAGAUCUGCAGUGGGCUCUCCCUGCAGAGGAAGAACCAGUUCAUGCAGAGGCUGCACAACUACUGGCUGCUGAAGCGGCAGGCGAGGAACGGGGUGCCCCUGAUCCGGCGGCUGCACUCGCACCUGCAGUCCCAGAGGAACGCCGAGCAGAAGGAGCAGGAUGAGAAGACGAGUGCAGUGAAGGAGGAGCUGAAGUACUGGCAGAAGCUGCGGCAUGACUUGGAGCGGGCUCGGCUGCUCAUCGAGCUCAUCCGAAAGAGGGAGAAGCUCAAACGGGAGCAGGUCAAGGUGCAGCAGGCUGCCAUGGAGCUGCAGCUGACCCCAUUCAAUGUCCUGCUCCGCACAACCCUGGACCUGCUGCAGGAGAAGGAUGCUGCCCAGAUCUUCACAGAGCCUGUCAACCUGAACGAGGUUCCAGAUUACCUGGAAUUCAUUUCCAACCCAAUGGAUUUUUCCACCAUGAGGCGGAAGCUGGAGUCCCACCUGUACCGAACCUUGGAUGAGUUUGAGGAAGACUUUAACCUUAUAGUUGCCAACUGCAUGAGGUAUAAUGCUAAAGACACGAUUUUCCACCGAGCAGCUGUCCGGCUCCGGGACCUCGGGGGAGCGAUUUUGCGUCACGCGCGGCGCCAGGCCGACAGCAUCGGCUUUGACACUGCCGUGGGGAUUCACCUGCCUGAGUCGCCCAAGCCCCACGACUUUUACCGCUUUUCUUGGGAGGAUGUGGAUAACAUCCUGGUCCCGGAGAACCGGGCUCACCUGUCGCUGGAGGCGCAGCUGAAGGAGCUGCUGGAGAAGCUGGACACGGUGAGCGCCGCGCGCUCCAGCGGCGCCCGCACGCGGCGCGUCCGGCUGCUGCGGCGCGAGAUCAACGCCAUCCGCCACAAGCUGGCCCAGCAGCAGCACGGCAAGGCCCUGCCCAACGGGGACGGGCUGGACACAGCGCCCAGGGAAGGCGAGGAGGAAGGGGAGAAAGGAGAUGGUGGCAAGCUCCCGUACCCUCCAACCCUUGAGCCCACAGGACCUGCACCCACCCUCUCAGAGCUGGACUCUCUGCAGGACCCUCCAACACUCAAACCCAUCAGUGAAAGCAGGCCCCUGAACCAGCUGCAGAGGAGGAUGGUGUCGGACAGGGAGCUCUUUGACAGGAAGGCUCUGCAGCAGGAGAGCCAGGCUUUCCAGCGCCUACUGUCCAACAAGGGCCUCAACGGCCUGGCCCUGCCCUCUGCAGACAGCCCUGCCAGCCCCGCCCUCAGCAGCGUCGGCCGGCGGACAUCGGUCCUUUUUAAAAAAGCCAAGAACGGCGUGAAGCUGCAGAGGGGUCUGGAGUGCUCCCUGGAGAACGGGGAGGAGCACAGGCAGGGCGGGCAGCGCUCACCCUCCUGCCCCGACGGGGAGCGGCAGGCGCGGAAACGCUCUGCCCUGGGCACUGGGCUGGUCUUUGAGGCCUGCAGUGGUUUGGUGCCUCCCAAGCGGAGCCGAGGGAAGCCGGCUCUUUCUCGGGUGCCCCUCCUGGAGGGUGUGAAUGGAGACUCUGAUUUCAGUGGCUCAGGCAGGCCUCUCCUGAUGUCCUUUGAGAGCCAGGCUGAGCUGGAGCCCCUGGAGCUGGUGUGGGCCAAGUGCCGUGGUUAUCCCUCCUACCCUGCCUUGAUCAUCGACCCCAAGAUGCCGCGCGAGGGUUUGCUGCACAACGGGGUCCCCAUCCCUGUGCCCCCCAUGGAUGUCCUGAAGCUGGGGGAGCGCAGGCAGACAGAGGCAGGAGAGAAACUCUUCCUUGUCCUUUUCUUUGACAACAAGAGAACCUGGCAGUGGCUGCCACGGGACAAAGUCUUUCCCCUGGGCGUGGAUGACACCGUGGACAAGCUGAAGAUGAUGGAGGGACGCAAGACCAGCAUCCGCAAGUCGGUGCAGGUGGCCUACGACCGAGCCAUGAUCCACCUGAGCCGAGUGCAGGGGGACAACCCCUUCAUGCCAGCCCCCUACCUGUGAGGGGCUGCUGGGGCAGCCCUCCUGCUCCUCCACACCUCCAGCUCCCUGCCCUGACAGGGCAGCACCUCCAGCAGCUGGCAGCUCGCCUCGGAGUACCCUGAAAUGUGCCAAAAAACCCUUGUCCGGCUUCUUCCUGAAUGUGUCUUGUGAAGAGCUGACAGGAGAUGAAAUGUAGUCUACAGGGAGUAAGGUAGGUAGGGAAAGCUGACAGGUGCCAGGAGCCAAGGUGAGUUGCUGCAGUGAGCAGAGCACACAGCACUUGGAUGUUGGGGCCUCGUGCACCGUCCCCUGCCUCUCCUGGACUGCCAGGGUUCUGAAUUGUCAGCCAGUCCCAGGUAAUUCCUGGGAACCUGGCACCCCCAGGAUUCCUUACAGAAAUCCCAGCUGGACUUUCUUGUGCCAAAUUUACCCUAAUCACUGGCCUUUUCAUUUCUGUUUAAAUGGAAUUGUCCUGUCACAUAAAAACUGCCCAGAAUCAUAGCUGGGAGCUCUCAUUGUGAUUCUCCUGCCUACCUACAUUGUGUUUUCAUGUUUAGAUUUCUCUCACUGCAUUUAGAAAAGCUUGAGACUUUGGUAACCCUCCCCCCCUGCACAGUUUCAUGCACAGAUGCACAGAGCUUUAAAGAUGAAAAUCAAAUUACCUGAUGUGUGUCUAUAUGUAUGUCUUAGAAAUUGAUUUUGUAGUUUCACAUUUCAGUUCUGAUUUCUGUGACUCUGCUUGUUGCAGUAACAUUUCAUAUCAUGACUUAGCACAGUACCUAAGAAAAGAUAACUUCCUUUUUUUAAGAAGUAAUUUUGGAGGUGUCUGUUGAGCUGGGGCAGCUCUUCAGGCACUGAGGUUGAUCAGGGUUGGAGGGAGAUGCAUCUUUUGUGUUGUUUUAUGCACAUUUGGUGUAAGGCUCCUCUUCCUUUUCCCCCCCCUCCUCUUUCCUGUCUCCCUGUUUUCCUCUGCCACAUUUUGGACUGAAAGCAAGCACUGACCAGAGCACACAACCCUUCUGCUGUUUCACCUUCUCCCACACGUGCACAUCCUUCCCUGGUGUGUGGGUCUGCAGUGUUGUCAUCCAGGUAAACCCAGACAAUCCCUGUUGGUUUGGGUUUGCAUUGCAAAAAAAAAAAAAAAAAAAACAAAAACAGGGACAGACUGAUGUUUGGGAACUUGGUGACUCAAUCUUUUCUAUUAGCCAAGGACUUUAUGAUUUCUCUGAUCUCUUCUGUUGCAUAUCCCUCUUUGCUUUCCCAUUUUAAAGAGCCAAAGGUGCAAAGCAAGAUUGUAGAUUGAAUAUCAUCAUUUUGCUUUUUAACUCAGUAUUUUUAAAUUAUUUUUAACUUUUUCAUACUGAAGAGAAUGUGGAGUCAAAAUAAUAAUAAUUAAUGAUAAUGAAUAGUAGGGAGUAAUCACUGCCAUUUCUACUUGCUCUACUUUUUUAAAAAUACCACUUCUUAUACAUUGGGGCAUGGAACUGCAUUUGAAGGAACUUUAAGGUUCCUUUAACAUAUAGAGACGGGGCAUAGGAGUUUGUAAAAAAUAUUAAUAGUGCUAAUAAUGCCCAUGGAGUGUGGCUAGGGAAGGAUGUUGUGUAUAUAGUUGUAAAAUGUUCUAAAUUAUUUAGACCUAUUGUCACCAUUCUUGAAGUCCUCAGUUGUGUUGCUGGGUCUUUUAUAUGCACACAGUGUAAUUUAUUUAAAGGAACAUACACUUUUCCAGGUGGUAGCUCAGCUGUGGACUAGUGACCUGUGUAUAUGUUUUAAGGUCUUGGGAGUUGGUCUUUUUUUUUUUCCUUUUUGUUUUUAAUUUUGUUUGGUUUUAAAUGAGUUUAGAAUUUGGAUUGGCUGAUAUCCUGUUGUUGCUACAGAACCUAAAUGUUACUGUCAGUCUGCUGUAAAGCACAGAUUGCUCUAUUUAUUGUAGAAAGUGAGUUUAUUUGCUUUCUAGAAUUGUUUAUAUCAGAUGGUAUAAGAGAAGUAAUAAGAAAAUCUAUGCUUGUAAAAAAAAAAAAAAAGCUAAUUUUACCUACUAUAAUCUGACUGUCUGAGACUAUAUUUUCUCUCUGAGAAAUAAAUGUUCUAAUGUAUGGAAAAAAAAAGCAAAACAACAAAC